CCCUUUUCUGCUUCUCUCUUUUUUUUUCCUACCCUGAGAGCAAACCAGGAAGGGAGUUCACGGCAUCAUACGGGGCUUUGCAUCUACUGUUACAGUAGGGGCAGGAACAGCAGAGAGGAGAGGAGAGAGAGAGAGAGAGAGAGGGAGAGGAAAAGAGAGAAAAAAGGAGGGAGGCAGGCAGGCCGGACGAGCAGAAGCUGCUCAGGAAUUAACUCCAGGCGCCCCCCCUUUCCUCCUCCUCUUCCUGCCCCCCCACACCUUCAGGACCAACAAGCCCCCUGGUGUCAGCAUGGAGGGCGGUGUGGACGGCCCCAUCGGAAUCCCCUUCCCCGACCACAGCAGCGACAUCUUGAGCAGCCUGAACGAGCAGCGGAACCACGGCCUGCUCUGCGACGUGGUGAUCCUGGUGGACGGGCAGGAGUUCCCCACGCACCGCUCGGUCCUGGCGGCCUGCAGCCAGUACUUCAAGAAGCUCUUCACCUCAGGGCUGGUGGUCGACCAGCAGAACGUGUACGAGAUAGACUUUGUGAGCGCCGAGGCCCUCUCGUCCCUGCUGGAGUUCGCCUACACGGCCACCCUCACCGUCAGCACUUCGAACGUGGGCGAGAUCCUCAACGCCGCCACGCUGCUAGAGAUCCAGGCGGUCAGGGACGUUUGCACGGAUCUGCUGGACAGGAAGAUUCUGGCCAAGCACGACCAGAUGGACACAGUAGAUCAAAUUGAUCAAAGGAACCAUCUCAGAGCGAAAGAAUACCUGGAGUUUUUUCAGAGCAACCCCAUCAACGGGCAACAGGGCACGUACCCGUGGACCAACCCGGACUUGAGGGACCUUCAGCGGCUCGGCUUCCGGGGCCCGGAGGUCAAGGAGGAGCCAGACUGCAACGGCUUGGACUUCUACACUCAGGCCGCCCUCAGCGACAGACCAAAGGCGAACGACGGCGAUCCCGACGGCAAGAUGUGGCUGGACGCCGAAGAGGCCAAGGCGGCCGCCGCCCAGGGACCCUUGUUCCCCGCCUCGCAGAACGGACAGUACGGCGGGCACAGCCUGGCCACGGUGCCCGGGGAGGACGAGGCGGCGGCUCAACUGGACCAGCAGGAGGCGGGGGGCUCCCCCGCCUUCGUCCCCGGGGAGGGCGAGGAGGCGGACCCCCGGGAGGUGGACGGCCUGGCCGCCAGCACCCUCCUGCAACGGAUGAUCAAUUCCGUGGAGCGGCAACAGCUGGCCGAGGACGACCGCAAAGACGACGACGGAGUCAUGGAUUAUUACUUGAAAUACUUUAGCACUUCCCAAGAGGGGGGCGAGUACCCGUCCUGGUCCCACAAGUCGGAGAAGAAGAUCCGGGCGAAAGCAUUCCAGAAGUGCCCCAUCUGUGAGAAGGUGAUUCAAGGGGCGGGCAAACUCCCUCGCCACAUCCGGACCCACACGGGAGAGAAGCCGUAUGAAUGUAACAUUUGCAAAGUUCGGUUUACGAGGCAGGACAAGCUGAAGGUUCACAUGAGGAAACACACCGGCGAGAAGCCGUACCUUUGUCAGCAGUGUGGGGCGGCGUUUGCCCACAACUACGACCUGAAGAACCACAUGCGCGUCCACACGGGCCUGCGCCCCUACCAGUGCGAGAGCUGCUUCAAGACUUUCGUCCGCUCCGACCACUUGCACCGGCACCUUAAGAAGGAUGGCUGCAACGGCAUCCCUUCCCGGAGGGGACGCAAGCCCCGCGUGAGAGAUGCAUCUGCGCCCCCCGCCCCGGCUUCCAACCCCGACGACGGGAGCCUGGCGGGCGGCGAGGAGGCCCACGAAAUGCAGGAUGCGACUGCGCCGCAGGACGGCUUAGAACAGCACUUUGACGGGAGUUCCAGCGCCAAAGCGGCGUCGGGGGGUUUGAAUGUAGGGGGGGCGAAGUCCGAGGGCGAAACGGAAGAACUCUCCUAAAAAACAAAAACAACCCAAAAAAAAACCCGUAACGAGAGAAAAAAAGGUGUCACAAAAUCUAGUUAUAACUUUUCCUCCAGUUCCUCUUUUAAAAUAUGGGUUUCCUCGCUCUUUUUUGCGGGGGCGAGGAAAAGAAUAGCCUUAUAAGUCUAUAAUAUAUAUAUAUAUAUCUUGUUUGUGAUCUUCCCCAUAAUAAUAGGCAGUUUGUUGUACCCCUCUCGUUAGCCGCAGAUUAAUUUUUAAGGUUUUUUUUGUUUUUUCCUGCCCUUGGGGGUGGGGGAAAAGAGGUGUUUAGAGGAAAGUUUUGGAAACCAGGUUGGAGGGGGAAAGAGAGGGGGGUCUAUUAAAUACGAGACGAAGCUUCCAGAGUUUUUAGUUUGUUAAACGUUUUAAAACUUAUACAUAUAUAUAUGUGUAUAUAUAAAUAUAUAUUAUAUUGGAGAUUUUAUCUAUUUUAGCAAGCGUAAUGUUCCAAAGGAACAAAAAAGCAGGGAGAUAAAUUGUGUUGGUGGCUUGAGGAAUCAAUGAAUUGGUGGGGUGGGGGGGAACUUCCUUUCUCUUCCUCUCCCCUCCCCCUGCCCUCCCCCCUUCCUGAAGGUGCUCAUUUCAGAUAAUGCCCAUAGAGGUUUAAAGUUUUCUCAAGGGUUUUGUUUUGUAGUGGGGUGGCAAAUGACCUUUCAGCCUCUGGGUUCCUGGCGCUGUCUAAAUGCAAAUCUUGGGCCACUGACUCUCCGUACAAGUCUUAGAAGACUUUUUUGGGGGGUCACGCUCCUGAUUUUUCCAUCGCAAGAUCUUGAGGAGUCCCGUAAAUCCGUCCUUGCAAAUGGACGGAGGUGGACUUCCUGUGCUGCAAAUUUAGGCCGAUUCAAAUUUUAUUUUUCAAAAGGCUCGCGGAUUUUAAAAUAAUCCGUUUGCCGUUCCUGCCGACCCCCUGGUCGUGAAAGGGGUGGGGUGAGGAGGCCGCGCCGGCAGCCCCCCCCAAGGGCGCCAAGUCUAGAAUUCACCUACGUCGGUAGGUGUCGAAAUUAUCCUGUCGGCAGCAUAGAAUCGUGCGGUCCCAGCGCUUAGCUUGCAAACUGCAGUUCUCAAACCAGCGGAA